AUGCUCAAUCUCGAAAGGAAGUGCUUUGAUUUGGCGAAACGGGAAGCAGGCAGAGCUGCACAGGGGUCAAAGGAGAAAGGGCUUAGACCGUGGAAAGUGUCCUAUGCCAAUGGGGACACCUAUGAGGGAGAGGCAACAGGGCCUACCCCGGCACAGUGCUUGCGCCAUGGGUACGGUGUGUACACCUAUGCCAGUGGGGGUCGCUAUGAGGGCGAGUUUGUGGAAGAUCGGAAGCAGGGCUGGGGAUCCUUCUUUUUCGAGAAUGGGGAUGCCUAUGAGGGGCAGUGGUAUGCAGACCAGAUGCACGGCCACGGCGUUUUGGCGCACUGGGCGCCGACGGAGGGGGUCCUCAUUUAUGAGGGCGAGUUCCGGGAGGGCCUACGCUGCGGCAGCGGAUUCCUGGUCGUGCGCGAGGGCGGUGGCCUCUUCGGAACUUGGGAGGAUGGACUGUUAGUACAAGGUGUUCAAUUGGAGCUCCCUGAGCCUGGACAUAUGGCUGUGACGGUCAUCAGCGACAGCCAAACACCGUUGGGUGGAAGCCCCGCCGAGUGGCGUCCGUCUGAGGUCCGGACUUGGUUACAUGGCCUGGGUUUGGAAGAGGCACCAGAGAGGGCUAUGGCACCCUCUGGAGGAGCCCAGCUCCUACAGGCACAGCCAGAGGAGCUCGUGCAGGGUGGACAGGUGAGCAGCGGCCGCUCUGAACUAUCUGCUUGGAAGCACACCUUGGCUGCUGCCCAUCAAGCCUUGGUCGAUGCCUGCCAAGAUGUCAUGCCGCCCGUGGGCUGCUGGGAGCAGUUGCAGAUUGCUUUUCCUUCUGUGAAGCAGCGCUUGGUGCCGCUUGCGGAGCUUGUCAUCAACGAGGGGGGGCGAAUUGCAGAAUGGAAGGGCCUGGCCGUGGAGCUUGUGCCCAUGCCUUCAUGUUUGCCUUUUUCGCAAGGUGCAGGGGCGCUAUCUUCCGAUGCCUUGCCAUUCGCUUCCGCCAAAGACUGGGUCCAUGAUCUAGAGCUUUUCGCCACCGUGCGUCACCCAAACCUGCGGCCACUGCUUGGUAUCACCUUGGCGCCCGAGGGAGCUGCUGCGAGAUUGACCACGCUCUAUGAGAUGGCCAAGAACAGCAAAUUGCUCUUCGAGCUGAUUCAUGCAAGCUUUGCAGAUGGCAGCAGGCAGCAGCUGGACUUCAGGACUGAGUUGCAGAUCAGCUUGGGCAUUUGCGAAGGCAUGGCUGCGCUGACCUCAAGGGGGCUCUCGCAUGGAGCUUUGUGCUCGGUGAACGUCGAGGUGGUGCAGACAGCUGGUGGCUGCCACGCCCGGCUUUGUGGCCUGGGCGUCUCCUGGUGGCGCUUUGGCUGGCGAAGCUGUUUGAAGGUACGUGGUGCCCAAGCUAAGCGCUGCGCCUUGAGUGUCGAAGAAGUGGUGAAGAAGUACUCGGUGUGUCCCGUGAAUUGGAUGGCGCCCGAGCUGCUCCGAGGCCAUCGGCCGCGGCAGGCGGCGGACGUGCAUUCGUUCGGCCUCAUUCUUUGGGAGAUGCUCUUCCGAGCAGUGCCUUAUGGUGAGUUCUCCAUCGCGCAGAUCAUAGCCACCGUGGGAUAUGGUCGCCACCAGCUCCGCACGGCUGCAGCGCCCAGCGCUUCCGCAGGUCGCGUGUUUCUCCAUGAGGUAGCGGACCAGUGUAUGCGCUGGGAUGUCGCUGAAAGGCCUUCAUUCUCACUUUUGCUCGAAAGUCUCCGGGAGACGCGGCAAGCGGAUGAGCGUCAACGUGCCAAGAAGGGCGUGCUGGGGCGGCUGGGAGGCACCACCGAGGCUCUGUUGAGUGGCCGCUUUAGCACUUCCAGCGCGCCGGUGCCUACCGAGGGCCCACGGAUGGUUCGAUUGGAGACAGGUGAGUGGCUUCGCGUUGAUGAAGAUCUGGUGGAACAGUAUCCGGAUGACGAGGAGAAGUGGCGUACCCUGAUGGCUUUCCGAGCCAAGCUGGCCAGUCAGCCAAUGAGCGACACAACCGAAACUUGA